AUGAAGCCCCGGCCGCUGCUGCUGUCUCUCUCCCCGCCGCUGGUCCAGUUGUUGACGCUCGCGCUGCAGACGAUUCCGUCGCUCUUGGCGGAUUUGUUCUUACGUGUGAAAGGACAGACGCCGAAGUACAUGGAUAUGCAACAACGCGCCGUCCUAUUAAGAGAUAUCAUAUCAAAAUUCACUCGGACAUCUUUGUAUAUGAAAUCGGAAAAGGCACAAAAACUCAUAGCGACACUGGACGAUAAGGACAAGGUUCUGUUCCCGUGUGACACGAGGAUGAUAUCCUGGCGGAAGUACAUGCCGGUAUUCUAUCACGGGGUGCAGGAGUAUUUGUUGAAAUCGAAACAGUGA